AUGCAGAGAUUUUUGAGCUUUGGCUUUGGCCUUACUUUGACAACAUGUCGCUCCGACCCACAAAGCGAGGGCGACACCUUCAGCACUUUAUUGCCUUGGCUGAACUUUCGACACUUUUUGGAUGGUAGCACCGUGGGCACCAUGGGCACCGUGGGCACCGUGGGCAUCGAGGUUGGGGCAACGUUUUCAAAGCCGCGGGAAGUCCCUCGGCGUCGCGAGUUGAGUCUGGAAAUUUAUCAAAAAGAGUUCGAAGGACAGAUUCCGGUAGUGGUGGAAGGAGCCUAUGAUGAGAUGCCUUGCUUGAAGGAUGGCUGGAUCGAGGAAAACAUCAUGAAGCCUUUCAAAGAUGAGCGUGUCGUAUUCACGGGCCACAAGGAGAAUGAGGAUCGCAUCAUGGGAACCAAGCUGAAGACUUUCCUCAAAAAUGUGAACAAGAAUUCUCAAUCUGCAUGGUCCUACCUACGUGAUGAAUUCUUCCUCCACAGACACCCUCACUUGAUUACUUCUUGCCCUCCACUUCCCCCCUUCUUGAAAAACCAGGAUCAAUUUGCCCUUAUGCCUCUGAAAUUCAUGCCACCGAAUGCAACCCUACUUUGGGGCGGCAGAUAUUCCCGAUCAAAGCUGCACGUGGAUUCGUACAAUUGGACAGGCACCAACGUGGUGAUCCGCGGUGAAAAGUAUUUUCGCUUGAUACCGCCGGGUCACGAUGAGAUGUUGGAGGUGGUGACCAAGAGAUGCCACAUGGCUUUGGAGUGCGUGAGCUAUGAAUCUACCAACGAUCUCUUCGAAAAGGCCGUGCCUCCAGGACUGGUGAAAGUCCUUUGGGAGACGAAGUUGCAGAAAGGCGACGCUUUGAUCAUUCCUUCGGGCUGGUGGCACCAGGCAGUGAAUUUGGGCACAACGCUUGCCAUGGCCAGUGGUCUCAUCACGCCGCGAAGUGGCUCCUGGUCUGCGGUCGCUGAAGUGGUGCGCUUUCAUUCCAAAGUGCACCCAUCGUGGAGAUGGGGCAAGCUGCCACGUCCACCUGAUCCACCUGACGCGACCAACGCCGAUGCAACGGAUGCGACGCGUCGCUUUCGUCGAUUUAUCAAUGCUUUGCCGGAAGGAACUUUCAAAGCUGCUGAGAAGUUUGUCAAAGAGAAGAGUGAGUUCCAGCAGCGUCAAGAACUGUGCCACGAGCACACCACUGCUCAAACUGCAGCGGAAACGGAGCAAAGCCAGGAACUACAUCAAGUGGUGUUCGGCCAAGCUUGUUGGAAAGAGGAGGAAAAGGGCACUUGGAUUUUGCAUAGCGCAGUUGCAAGGCAGCAUGGGCUCCACCAAAGAGAAAAUCCAGAAGCGAAUCUCGAAUACGCAAAGGAGAAGAAGGGAGACGAGACAGAUAGCCAAUGGCAGGUUUUUCCAGAGAAGGUUCCAUGGAUUACCACCACACCAUCUCGUAGAACUACCCUGGGAGUAGAGGCUAUGCAAGGAUCAAUGGAGAAAGAACUGUUGGCAGUUCCUCAGCCUGUGGAAGCUCCAGUUCAGCCGCCCCUUGCCGAAGCCGAGACUUCAUUUUUGACGCAGGAAGAGGUCAAGCUCCUGGACCACCUUCGUGGAUUGCAAGAGAUGGGAGUCGAUUUGGCCGAGAGCAUGACAGCGCAGUUGGAGAAGCUUCAGUUGAAGGAGUCGCAGACUACAGCUGCAAAAGCUUUGUCUCAUGGCCACUUGAAUCGAUUUCACAAAUUGCGAACCCAAGUCACUACAGCUGGGAAAGUCCAAGACGUGGACGCCGGAUGGGAGAAAUUCGUCCAGUCUAUCAUCAUGGAGAAGAUGCAGUCCCAUGCAGUGAUGUACCAAAAGCACAGAUCAGAUCUGCUAAUCGAAGAAGUGCCGGAGAUGCCGGUGGCAGACCAAUUGAGGCAAGCUCAGGAGCUGGUUGCCCAGGCAAGCCAAGUUGGUGGAAUGGUAGACUUGACGGAAGAGGUGGGGGACGAGCCCAUCGAUGUGGAAUCAGCACCAGAAAGCAAGGUCAAAAAAGGAUCUCUGAUGCCCAAAUUUCGAGCAGCAGCAGCAUUGCCGUCAAAGGUUCACAAGCGCGCACAUUGUGCUCAUUCAGAUCAAGAUGCCCUUCAUGCGGGACUGAAGUUGGAGCCCCUGGCUUUCAGAGAUGGAUCCUUUGGCACUGCAGAUGAGAGGUCCCGACGGGUUCUCAUCACUGCAGACACUACUGUGGACAGUUUUGGAGCGGAUUGCUUGCAGGUUUGGUCAGACUUGGGCGAUGGCCGUGUGGUCACUUUUCAUGUGGUCAAACCCAAACCGCCUGGCCUUCCCAGCAAUGUUGCUCAUGUGAUUUUGAUUCAGGGUGAAUUUCAAGGUUAUCGCCCAGCCUUGUACUAUGGCACCACAUUGCCGGUUUUGCAGCGACUUCGUGCUGGCAUUUGCAGUGUUGGGGCGAAUAUUGAAGAAUUUUUCAUGUCAUCCAGCAUCCAGAAGCUUGGCUUGGACAUGGGACGGUUUGUUGUUUGUGUUAUCAGCGAGAUGGCAUGGAGAUUUUACAACAAGGACAUGAGGGGCGUGUGGUCGACGGUGAUCAAGGGUCUGGUGAUCAUGGACAAGAAGCAGACAAAGCAGGACCCUGUCGCAAUGGAGAAGGAGAUUGAGGAAGAACAGCCUGCAAUUGUUUUCGCGCCACAGCAUCAAGGUCAUUUGCAAGAUACAGUUGAUGAACUCUUGCAGUUGAAUGGAAAUGAUGGAGCAGGUGACGUCGAGUUGGGAGUGGUGGUUGAGUCUCAGCCUGUGAACACUCAAGCAGGGGGUGGAAUCCCAGGCGGUGUGCUUGCUUCUCCGGGAGCGUCCGCUGCGGCUUUGCAACCAGGCAUUGUGCUUGCUUCUUCGGGAGCAUCCACUGCGCCGUUGCAACCAGAUCCAUUACCUUGGACGGCAGUUACUUUUGGCUUGGGCCUUGUUGAUCUUGGACGAAGAGGUGUCGAAUUCGAUCCGUAUAACAUUCCGGCUGUACUGGAAAGUAUCUUGCAAGCAUGGAAUGAUCAUGCUGCGUAUGGCAAUCUGGUGCUGUUCAACGUUUACCCUCAACCCAUUGGUGCCAUAGGGCCCAAAGCGAUCGCGAUCAUUGUGGAAACCGACAUGCCAGAUGCAUAUCUUGCUCUUCAGUACACAGAUGGAGUUGCAGAUGAUGUGCGGCGCUGGCAUUUUUUUCUGAUGGUGCUAGUCGGAAAAAAAAACUGCAUGGGCCUUUGUGUUGAUUGGAGAGAGCAGAAAGCAAGGACGGUGCCUGAUUCAGCCAUUUGGGCUUUGCUGGCGGAAUGA